AUGGAAGACGAUCGGAAAAACGGACAUUAUCUCGAUACCGAAAACGCCGAUGAAUCGGUUUGGUUGAUGAAGAGCCCUGUCGUCGUCUCCAAGGCUUGGGAGAAGCAGGUUAAGCAGUUUUCUUCGUCUUCGACUUCUCUCCCGAAAUUGAUAGAUGUAGGCGCGAAGGUUGUUGAAAGUAUUGAUCCCUUACAGUCCGAGAUUAACCCAGAGUACUCUAUGGAGAUUGUUUCUGCUGAGAAUCGGAACAUACCAAAGAGCUACGCUAUGAACAUGUUCGAAGAAUUUGUUGACAUGAGAGCCUUUUCUGAGGCCAAUCAACAUAAAGCUCUCUUGGGAAAGAUCGACCACAAGUUCGAUAUGAAACCACUUGGGGAAGACAUUGAAGACUACGCAAGGCUUUGUCGUGAGAGAACAAACCGAGCCAUGGUUAAAAAUCGACAGAUAAAGGUACUUGAUAAUGACACCGGAGCACGUAUGAGGCCCAUGCCUUAUUUUAUUCCCACCAAUCCAAAGGAUAAGAGACCUGUCCCGGUUAAGCAAACCGACGUGAAGAGGUUUAGGAGAGAUCGUGGUGAGAUCGAAGCGAUAAUGUUCAAGCUGUUCGAGGACCAAUCAAACUGGACACUGAAGCAGCUGGUGCAGAAGACGGACCAGCCGGCGCAGUUUUUGAAAGAGAUUAUGAACGAGCUGUGUGUGUACAAUAAGAGAGGAUCGAACCAAGGGACUUAUGAGCUUAAACCAGAGUACAAGAAAGCUGCUGAAGAUGAUACAAACGGGCAGUGA